AUCUGGCAGUUAAAAUGCUUUCAUUCAAUAAAGUUCACGAUGUGUACUCUUCUGAAAAAGGAACGAACGGCAGUGAAGCCACGCUAUCACAGGCAUCCACAUCUCUUUGGAAUGAAAGGAGAAGGAUGAGACAGGUACUCCGUAGCGUUGUAUCCAGAAACAAAGUUGUAGAGAUGAGCAAACUACUCAGUGUCUUGGUAGUGCCUUUGGUGGUUCUUAUCGUCCUCUCUGGUCUUAGUCUGGAUGAUAAUGUAAAACAAUGGCGGAGCACUGAACGGGUGGGCAUGGCGCUUCAAUACAACAAGUUGAUAAGCGACACUGUGAUAAGACUUCAAGUAGAACGUGGAUUGUCUUCUACCUUUCUCAGUGGAAACAGAAGUAGUAUUCUUGUCUCAAAUGCUCUCGAAAAGAACAAAGAACGAACAGACCACACCCUUAAUGAGAUGGAACCUUGGCCGACUGCUGGAUUGAACGCGAGUGGAAGGGUAUAUGUAUCCAAGCAGGAGUUUUUGGCGGAUCUGGAUAUUCAUCGAACAAGAGUUAACGGUGGUGGUGGUGGUGGGAAUUAUUUGACAGUAUCAGGAAAUAUAGAAUAUUAUACUAACAUCAACAUUGGUUUAUUAUUGAGCGGGAUCAAGACCACCGUGAGAUCCACCAACCAGGAGUUAUCGUCACUUCUGGUGGCGAAAGACACCCUUCUCUUUUCUGUAGACCUAUAUGGUAUUGAACGGGCUUUGGGUGGAGCCUAUUACGCAUCUUGCCAGUUAUCUGAUGAUGAUAAUGCAUGGUUCCGCGCUGUUCAUUCACAGGCGGAUGUCCUUAUUAGCUACAGUAGAUCUUACUUCGGGGAUACCGACAUCCUCAUUCCCAAAAGUGCAUUCCUGGAUGAACUGCGGAACGAAAUUUAUGCAAAUGAAGAUGCUUGUGCAAAAUAUGGCGACGACAAUGUAUCUGCAUACGCUCUCUACUGGUUUAACAACAUGACGUUGUUCAUUGAGGAGCUGGCUGAUAUUGUUGAAAAUACUACUGAUCAGAUCCUUAUCACCAAUCGAGGAAUCCGCAAGGAGUCUCAGCUUACAGUAAUUGUAUACUCAGUAGUAGUUUCUAUGAUUGUUAUUGUGUGUCUUUCACUGGGUACGUGGUUUGUAUUCCAAACCAACAACCUGCUCAGCGUUGUUGGUUCGUAUGCUAAAGAACUUUCAGAAAAAACCAGAGAACUGGACGCUGAGAGAAAGCGUGCGGACCGAUUACUUUAUCAGAUGCUGCCAAGGUAUGUUGCUGAUCAGUUGAAGAUGGGCCUUUCAGUGCCAGCAGAACAUUUUGAAUGUGUUACUAUUUGCUUCAGUGACAUUGUUGGUUUCACCUCACUUGCUGCUGUCUCUUCUCCAUUACAAGUGGUAAACAUGCUGAAUGGUCUCUAUAGGUAA